UAUUUUCUAAAUCUCAAAUCUAAUAAGCAUUUGAGGAAAAAAAAGGAAUGAUGAUCAUGCGAACAUCAUCCAUCUUUGCUUUCUUAGUACUGUUAAUGAUCGAAUCAGCAGUAGGGCAGGCUCUGGUGAAGCCUGGUUGUCAAGAAAGUUGUGGGACUGUUGACAUUAUUCCAUACCCCUUUGGAAUUGGAGUAGGUUGUUACAUGAACACAUGGUUUGAGGUCUCCUGCAAUGAAACUUCCAACCCUCCUAUUACUUUACUAACCCGCAUGGAUAUUGAGGUGCUGUUCUUCUUUCUUGAUCCCAGCAUUGUUGUAGUCAAAAGACGGAUGAUAGGGGAUUAUUCUGAGAUUAUUACAGUGAAACCUGUGAAUUUAAGUGGAAGUCCUUUCAUGUCCUACCAGGGAGAACAGGUCUCCUUUCGACUCCGGGAAUAUGUUCCAGAUGUGUUUAGCUGGCUGAUUUCUGAGGAUUAUGCAUCACACUUACCGCAUAGAUAUCCUGAUGCAUUUCGUUGUUUCCAGCCGACGAAUAUUAUUAGUCAUUCGUAUGCCCUUGUGUUUUAUGAUCUUUACCUGGUCCCAAACGGAACUCAGCUUCAUAAUUCUUCAAAUGGAAGUCGACAAUGUGCUUGUGAACCUGGAUUUCAAGGCAACCCUUAUCUACCUUUUGGAUGUAAAGUUAAGAAGACCAAAAUAUUGCAUAAAGAGAAAGUUAAAGAGUUCAUCAAUGAGGUGGUCAUUCUUACACAAAUUAAUCAUAGAGAUAUUGUUAAGUUACUAGGCCAUUGUUUGGAGACUGAAGUUCCUCUGCUUGUUUAUGAAUUCAUUUCCAACAGGACACUUUUCCAGUACAUACAUGAUCAAAAUGAAGGCUUCCCACUAACUUGGGAAAGAAGGUUAACAAUUGCAGCAGAAGUUGCAAGUGCACUUUCCUACUUGCACUCAGCAGUCUCCAUUCCCAUUUAUCAUAGAGAUGUCAAGUCCUCAAAUAUUCUAUUAGAUGAAAAGUGCAGGGCAAUAGUUUCAGACUUUGGGACAUCAAGAUCAAUUGCCAUUGAUCAAACUCAUUUGACCACAAAUGUGAAGGGCGCAUUUGGGUACUUGGACUCUGAAUAUUUCUAGUCAAGUCAAUUUAUUGAAAAGAGUGAUGUUUACAGCUUUGGAGUUGUCCUUGUUGAGCUCUUAACUGAAGAAAAACCAAUUUCUUUA